UUAUUUCCACAGCUGACAGUAAAGCUCAUGCUUUCCAGAAAGUCCUGCACUCGUUUCUGGAGGUGAGAGAGGGGCUAAGAGAGGAAAGAAGUUUAAAAACUCAGAGAAAGUGGAUAAAUAAAGCAGACAAUAUGGAUGCCUUGGCUUUAGAGGCCACUCAGCCCAAAAAGGCUCAGAACGGGGCCAUGCUGGCAGCACCCGGGUUUCCCACCCCGGCCAAACGCAAACCUGCUAAAAAGACUAAGAAAGCUGUUGUCUUUUUCGAGGUGGAGAUUCUGGACGCCAAGACGAAGGACAAGCUCUGCUUCCUGGACAAGGUUGAGCCCAAUGCCACUAUCGGGGAAAUCAAGUCCAUGUUCCACAAGAGUCACCCUCAGUGGUAUCCGGCCCGACAGUCCAUUCGUUUGGAUCCCAAGGGGAAGUCUUUGAAGGACGAGGACGUGCUGCAGCACCUGCCUGUGGGAACCACUGCAACCUUCUACUUCAGAGACCUGGGAGCCCAGAUCAGCUGGGUCACGGUGUUUCUGACAGAGUACGCCGGCCCUCUGCUGAUUUAUCUGAUGUUUUACUUCCGAGUCCCGUUUAUUUAUGCACCUAAAUAUGACUUCACCACCAGCAAACACUGGGUCGUACAUUUGGCAUGUAUGUGUCAUUCCUUCCACUACGUUAAGAGACUUUUGGAAACAUUGUUCGUCCAUCGCUUCUCGCACGGGACUAUGCCGCUCCGCAACAUCUUCAAGAACUGCACAUACUACUGGGGAUUUGCAGCUUGGAUGGCUUAUUACAUCAAUCACCCGCUGUACACGCCACCCACCUAUGGAGAACAGCAGAUCAGACUGGCCCUCAUCGUGUUCCUGUUCUGUCAGAUUGGAAACUUCUCCAUCCACAUUGCCCUGAGAAAUCUCAGACCACCAGGAUCUAAGACCAGGAAGAUCCCAUACCCGACGAAAAACCCCUUUACCUGGAUCUUCCUGUUGGUCUCUUGCCCCAACUACACUUAUGAGCUGGGAUCGUGGCUGGGCUUCACUCUGAUGACCCAGUGUCUGCCCGUGGCGUUCUUCACCUUGGUGGGCUUCAUUCAGAUGACCGUGUGGGCGAAAGGGAAACACCGCAGCUACCUGAAGGAGUUCCGCGACUAUCCCACGCUCCGCUCUCCCAUCCUUCCCUUCAUCCUGUAGGACAGUCACGCAGUAUUCCUCUCGUCUUUUUAACCUUUCUUCUCUCGUCCUCCUCAUCGUCUCUCUUUUAUACUGCACAUGGUCUGCCUCCAUUCGUUUUACAUCCGGCAUUUGUUCACUGCUCAUCUCUUAAAACGGACUGAUUCUGAAUAAUAAUAAAGUCUACUCAGAUCCAGAACCUCGAAAGCUUCAUUCUAAUGGCUCAAUAUGUUGGAUAUCUUUAUCAUCAUGAAAACUGUCAAAAGCAUGUCCAGAUCAUAAUUAUAUCAAAAUCAAGAAAGUAGUAACUAAUAUUUUGCACCAUAAUUGACAUUAUUUUCAUAAUUAAGCAUGCCAUGAAUUGUGAAAACAUUUUUUGAAGUACAAUUGUAAGUAUACAAAAUCCUUGUCUGGUCAAUGUGAUUUAUUUUGUAUUGUAUUGCUGAAUAUAUAUUGCAUUACAAUUAUGAAAAUUUGAGAAACGAGAAUACUUGUCACAAUACAAAAUCUUUAAUGGGUCAUUUACUUUAUGCAAAAUAUUUUUUUUCCCCCCACACCUGGACGUUUCUUCAUUAGAUUCCUCUCAUCUAGUCAUUUAACAUCUAUAGAAGCUUUGAGGGAAACUGGUCAAACAUGUAUUUACAGUUUUCCCCCCUCUGUAUCAUGUUUGUGCUCCAUUACUGAGAGUCAUUCUGUAUUUUGAGUGCUCUACAUGCUAAUGAUCUCUGAUAUGCACUGACAAUGUGACAGCUGUAACCUCAGUAAAGAUGUUUAGUUCUGCUUUAA